CAACGGUCUGUGGGCGCCUAUGGCUGCGCCGGGGGAGCUGGACCAAGACACGGUGCUCCGGUUCCUGGCAGAGCGCGGAGGCCGGGCUCGCAACGCCGACCUGUUGGACCAUUUCCGUGGCUUCCUCAACUCGCCGGACCCCGAGAGUCGCGCCCGGGCCCGCGACCACUUUAAGGAGCUGGUCAACGCCGUAGCCACGGUGCGGCAGGAGCCCGGCUCCGGCACCAAGUAUGUGCAGUUGCGCAAGAAAUAUCGCGGCGGUCGGAAAGGCGAAUUGGCGGCGGCGGCGGCGGCGGCCGAGAAUGACUCCGGGGCUGUCGGGCACCCCGAGGACACGCCGCGAGGAGCGGCCCGCGAGGAGGAAGCCGGCGCCGAACCGCUGAAGGGAGAGAAGGGGGCGAGAGGGGAUCCCUCUGCCCCUUCUGGAGAGCUGCCGCCCGAGAAGAGCGGCGGCGACGACGCCUUGGAAGCACCGCCGGAGACGCUUUCAACCCUAAUCCCCCAGGCACCUCUGGCGAGCCCAGAGAGCCCGGGAGAAGGAGGAGGAGGAGGCGGCGGCAGCCGGGUGGAACAGCAGAGCAGCCCGCGGCGCCUGGAGGCGGUGCCGAUGCCCUCGGGCGAUGCUGAGCCUGAGGAGAAACCCGGCGGGGACGCCGUUGAGGCCCUGCUCGAAGAAGACUUGCCGCCCUCCACUAGCCCGGCGGGCGGAGCCUCUACCGGCGCCAACACACCCAGGUGUGGGCACAAGGUCUUCCGGGAGCGGAUGGUGGGCAGUUCCCCUCAGCAGAAGCGCGGGGGGCUCCUGCACCGCGGCGGCAGCGGAGGAAGCCGCGGCGGGGAUUCGGACAGCGCCUCCCUGGCCUCUUCGUCGGCCGAGGACGAGGGUGGCAGCAGCGGGGGCUCGGUGGCCUUGGACCCGCUGGAGCACGCCUGGAUGCUGUGCGCUUCGGACGGGCGCUGGGAAAGCCUGGAGAGCUUGCUCAGCUGCGAGCCGGCGCUGUUUCCCAAGCGCGAUUUCAUCACGGGCUUCACGUGCCUCCACUGGGCGGCCAAGCUGGGCCAUCACGAACUGCUGGCCCGGCUGGUCAACUUCGCCCACCGGCAGUGCCUGCCCAUCAACAUUAACGCGCGCACUAGCGGCGGCUACACCGCGCUGCACCUGGCCGCCAUGCACGGCCACUUGGAAGUGGUGAAGCUGCUGGUGGGCGCCUACGACGCCGACGUUGAUAUCCGAGAUUACAGCGGCCGCAAGGCCUCGCACUACCUGAGCCGGGGCACCGCCGAAGAAGUACGCAGCCUGGUCGGGGCUCUGCAGGAUGAGGUCGACAGCGGGGCAUCGAAUGGCAGCAGCCGCUGGAGGCUUUCCAGGGUGCUCCCCUCUAACCUCAUUACUUACAAGCUUUCCCACCAUCACCAUCAUCACGGGGAUGAAAGGGAAUCGGGAGACGGCUCUGCAGCACCCAACAAGAGCAAAGAGCUCAGUAGGAAAACCUCCGGCAGUGGUAGGAUAAAACCCCGACUCAACAAAAUCCGAUUCCAUACUCAAAUCAUCCAUACUACCCCUUCUUUCAGGGGGGAUGCAGAAGAGGAGGAGGAGGAAGAAAAGUCCCUGAAAGCCUCCUCCAAGCUCAGACCUAAAUCCAACAUAUUUGGUUAAAAGGACAAAAGUGUCGUUUGUUAUGAUGGGUUUAAAAUCAACCCUAAAGGCAUACCUUUAGUGUCUAAGCAGGCUUAAAUAGAAUUAAGUAUUUUGGUUGGGAAGUUUUUAGGUUAGCUAUAUUUUAGAGCUUCAUAAUUCAGUGAUUAAUGGAACCAAAGCUUAAAACUUUAAAAAAAAAUAAACUUGGUUUUUAAAAAAGUAAUGAUCAAGUUUUAUAUUGACCACAUAGUAAGAUCUGUUUCUCCAGUGUAGAUAAUAUCUAUUGAAACAUUAAAUGUGUGGCCUCCAUCAAAAUUAACUCAUAUGAUAGAGGUUUGCAAGGUAGAAAAUCAGUCCAUUUGCUUAUUAAAAUUCAUCACCCGUAGAAAUCUAUGUUGGGGAAAAGAUAACACUUUCACAUUUCUUCAUGAUUUUUACUUUUGUUGAAGUAUUCAACAUACUUACUUUUUAAAAAGCCAAAUGAAAUAUUGUCUACGCAUUUGCAGAGAAGGAAUUUAGGAUUUGCAGCAAUUGAUGAAUAGGCAAGUGUGAUUGUCUUGCUGAUUGACAUGCAAGGCAAUUUCCAGGAUUACCCUAGUCAGGUGAACCAGGUGAUUAAAGCUGCUUAGGGGGUAUAUGUGGAAGAAGAAAUGGCAUUUGGGGACAGUUAACCAUUCUUGCUGUCCUUUCCAAGCGUUCUCUGUCACCUCUCAUGCACAUUAGCAUGGCAGGACAACCUGUGUUGCCAUGCCUUUUUUUGCGAGAAUAGACAUGAAUUAAGACGCAUAUUUCAGGACAUUCAUAUAAAAUGUUAUGUGACAACUGGUGUAGGCUGUAUUAGUUAUCCAGAAUCUGUAAACUUGAUGGGAAUUGUGCCAUUGACUUUUAGAAUACCCAUUGCACCUAAUUUAUAAAGUUUUCUAAUGGUACUUCUGAGCUCUGACCUUUGACUAUGGUUUAUUUACCAAGUGCAAUACCUUUGGGAAUGUGGUACUAACAGAUAAAGUCAACUUGGUUUUGUUGUGAGUGAGACAAGACAUUGAUCAACUUUUGUCCUACACCUGAAAACUAUUUAAUUUGAAAAAUAAUUUAAACAUUCCACUUGGAUGGUUACAGUAGAGCAAUGGUAAUAAGCAUGUAGCAAAACUUUCUUUUUAUGUGGCCAUUUCUGUAAACAAUAUAAUCAUUUGGAUAAGCUGUCUUGAAUAUUAGUUCUAGUGUUUAGCCAUUAAUUUGUUAAAUAGGAAAUUAGAAUUUAAGAAAAAUCUUAAAACCUUAAGUAGAUAUCUUAGCAUUCUGGAACAUUGCUGAUUCAGAUAUUAGGGAGACAAUGGAACACUGUCUAGUGUAGUAAAAUGCUAAUAAAUAUAGUGCUUAGCUUAUAAAUAUGUACAUAAAUAUUUCUACAGAUAAAAUCGAGCAGUGCCACAAGAAUCCAUAUUUAUAUAACUGGAAGUGAAAUGUAAAUUAUGUGGAUGAACGCUUAUCCAAUCUGAUAUAUAAGAUACAGAAAGCACAUGAUUAUUUGCUGAAGCAUGUUACAGAAUGUUAGAGAAUCUUUCAUUAUUUACAUUUUACAAUUCUUUUUUUUAAGUGAACAAACCUGUGAUUUUUAAAAAGCACAGAAUUCUUUAUAGUGUGAAAAUUAAACACAUUUUUACUUUAAUAGUAAUAGUGUCAGGAAAGUAAUAUUUUUAAAAAUAUUUGUUCCAAAUGUAGUGAUUUUUAUUAAAUGUGUACUAGCACUUUUCCUUCAAAGAAUAUCUGGGCUGGUCCUCAGAUGCUGCUUAUGUAACUAUUAACAAUUCAAUGCUGCCAAAUAAAUGCCGAACUAGCUAAAGCAUGUUUCCAAAUUAGUUUUUGAAUAUUUUGGAAAUAAUAGUUUUAUACUGAUUUAAAGACAGAUUGCAAUUCUAAAACAAUAGUUAUACUACUGUUUUUAAAAGAUAUUACAAUAAUAUCACAAUUACCAUAAAUUGUAAAAUGGUAUUAAAAAUAAAAGUAUAUGUCCCUUCUGUCGUUACAACUAUCUUUUUGGAUGUUAAUCAUCAUCUGUUAAUCAUAUAUUGGUAAUUCAACUUUAAUUGUUUUUAAUUUUUUCAGCACUGUAGGCAGCUAUCUAUACCCAAUUAAUAUCUAAAGUAUAAUUUUUACCUAGAAAAUGAAAAAAAAUGUAGUGUUAAUGUUUUUUAUACUCUUGUCAGAAACAUGAGUUUGACAAAAGUUGUAACAAUAUCCUUACUAAGAUAUCUAACAGGGUCUAAAAACUUUGCUGUAAAAAACCCUAAAUUGCAAACUGGUUACCAUACAACUGGUACACUACUUUGGUACUUUUUUAUGCACACAAUAAAAACAUGAAAACGUGUUUUCAAUUUUAGUUUAUAAGCUAUAAUUACAGGUGCCUUUGUUAACCAUUGCAAACUACGAAGAAAGGAGUUUAUUGAGCAUUUCUCUUAUUUCAGUAGGUUGAAGGCCACUGGUGUCUUACCAACGUACUACUUGUAGCAAAAUAAAUAUUCCAAAGUGACAUUCUACAUUAUAGCACUAAAGAUUUUAUAAUUUUAGCAAAGAUUAUGUAAAGGUUAAACAUUCUGUGGUGCAGAAUAGUGUCUGAAGUCCAAUAUUAUUAAAAAUCUUACUAAGAGAACAUGAAAUAAUUUCAACUUUAUUGUAUUGUAUCUCAAAGACCAUAAUUCUCUACCCACUUCAUCCUUUCUAAAGUGUUUGCUCUGUAACAUAUUUAAAUUGCUCUGUCAUAUUUAUAGCUGAGGUUGUAUUUUUGUGGAUGUGUAUUUAAAUGUUCAUCUGAAACUUAGGCCUACACAAUCCAUCUGAGUAUCACAGAAAAUAUUUUGAAUGUAUUCCUCAAACAGCUGAAACUGAAAUUUUAGGCACCAUUUUCUGUGUUACAAACUAGUAAUAGAAAUACAAGAAUUUGUAAAUAUUAUUUGACAUUGGAGCACACUGUAAAAUUUUGGAAACUUACAUGAGGUGUAAUUCUUUGAUUCUAAAUACUGAAAACCAGUGUCUUGUGUAUAGGUUGCAUUUUCACAACUACAGUAGGUGUACAUGAGAAAUUAAGAUCUGCAAAUUGUAGAAGUAUAUGAAGAAUAAAUUUUGAUAAUGCAAAAUUCA